AUGGAGAACUCCUUCCUUUAUACUCCAGCGGAGGCGCUGGAACACUUCAAUGUCUCGGAACAAACUGGCUUGACUCAGGAUGCAGUCCUGCAGUCCAGGGAGAAGCACGGUCCCAAUGCCCUUCCCGAAGAGCCGCCCACUCCCAUGUGGGAACUUAUCUUGGAACAGUUCAAGGACCAGCUCGUCUUGAUUCUUUUGGGUUCGGCCGCCGUAUCGUUCGUCUUGGCUCUCUUUGAAGAAGGCGACGAUUGGACUGCCUUUGUCGACCCUGUGGUUAUUUUGACGAUUCUCAUUCUCAAUGCGGUGGUGGGUGUGACCCAGGAAAGCAGCGCGGAGAAGGCAAUUGCGGCUCUUCAGGAAUACUCAGCCAACGAGGCCAAGGUUGUACGUUAUGGAAAGGUUCAGCGAGUCAAGGCCGAGGAUUUGGUUCCCGGCGAUGUGAUUCACAUUGCCGUUGGUGAUCGGGUCCCCGCUGACUGCCGCCUCCUCUCCAUCCACAGCAAUAGCUUCCGUGUUGACCAGGCUAUUCUGACCGGUGAGAGUGAGAGUGUGAGCAAGGAUACCAAGAUUGUCAAGGACCGUCAGGCUGUGAAGCAGGACCAGAUCAACAUGCUCUUCUCCGGUACCACCGUGGUCACUGGCCACGCCAAUGCUUUGGUCGUGCUGACUGGUGGAUCCACUGCUAUCGGUGACAUUCACGACAGCAUUACUUCCCAGAUCUCUGAGCCCACCCCGCUGAAGCAGAAGCUGAACGACUUUGGUGAUAUGCUUGCCAAGGUCAUCACUGUGAUUUGUAUUCUGGUCUGGUUGAUCAAUAUCGAGCACUUCAACGAUCCUUCCUUUGGCGGCAGCUGGACCAAGGGUGCUAUCUACUACCUGAAGAUUGCCGUUUCCCUGGGUGUCGCUGCUAUUCCCGAGGGUCUCGCUGUCGUUAUUACUACCUGCCUGGCUCUGGGAACUCGCAAGAUGGCCCAGAAGAACGCCGUUGUUCGCUCGCUGCCCUCGGUGGAAACUCUGGGUAGCUGCAGCGUUAUUUGCUCUGACAAGACCGGUACCCUGACCACCAACCAAAUGAGUGUGGAGAAGAUUGUCUACGUGAACAGCUUAGGCAGUGGCCUCGAGGAGAUUGAUGUCGAGGGUACUACCUUUGCCCCUGAGGGAAAGCUGACCCGCAACGGCAAGGUUGUGGAGAAUGUUGCUGCAUCUUCGUCGACUGUCGCUCAGCUGGCCGAGGUCUCUGCUCUGUGUAAUGCCGCUACCCUGGCCUACGAUGCCAAGUCUGGUGCGUUCUCUAACAUUGGUGAACCCACCGAGGCUGCUCUGCGUGCUCUGGUCGAGAAGAUUGGUACCGCCGACGCUACUGUGAACAAGAAGCUCUUCAGUCUUCCUGCCUCCCAGCGUCUCCACGCCGUCUCUGCCCACUAUGAAUCCCAGCUCCCUCUUCAGGCUACCUACGAGUUCUCGCGUGACCGCAAGAGCAUGUCUGUCCUCGUUGGCGACGGCACUGAGCAAAAGCUGCUUGUCAAGGGUGCCCCCGAAUCGAUUCUUGAACGCUGCUCUUACGUCCUGCAAGGUUCCGAAGGUUCUCGCGUAUCUCUCACCAAGAGCCACGCUAAGUUGCUCGCCGAGGAGGUUGUCGAGUAUGGCAACCGCGGUCUACGUGUUAUGGCCAUCGCCAGCGUCGGCGAUGUCUCUGGAAAUCCUCUUUUGAAGAAGGCCUCGACCACCGAGGACUACGCCAAGCUCGAACAGAACAUGACCCUUAUUGGCCUGAUUGGUAUGCUGGAUCCUCCUCGUCCCGAGGUUGCCGACUCUAUCAAGAAGUGCUACCAGGCUGGUAUCCGUGUUAUUGUGAUCACUGGUGACAACCCCAACACUGCCGAGGCCAUCUGUCGCCAGAUUGGUGUCUUUGGACCCAACGAGGACCUGACUGGCAAGAGCUUCACUGGCCGUGAAUUCGACAGCCUCAGCGAGGCCGAGCAGAUCAAGGCCGUUCAGAAUGCAUCCCUCUUCUCCCGUACCGAACCUACCCACAAGUCCAAGCUGGUCGACCUCCUUCAGUCUAUGAACCACGUCGUUGCCAUGACUGGUGACGGUGUCAACGAUGCUCCCGCUCUCAAGAAGUCCGACAUUGGUGUUGCUAUGGGUACUGGUACCGAUGUCGCCAAGCUGGCCGCCGACAUGGUCCUGGCCGAUGACAACUUUGCCACUAUUACCGUCGCUGUUGAGGAGGGCCGCUCCAUCUACAGCAACACCCAGCAGUUCAUCCGUUACCUGAUCUCGUCCAACAUCGGUGAGGUCGUCUCUAUCUUCCUGACCGCUGCCCUUGGCAUGCCCGAGGCUUUGGUUCCCGUUCAGCUUCUGUGGGUCAACCUGGUCACCGAUGGUCUUCCCGCUACCGCCUUGUCGUUCAACCCCGCCGACCAUGAUGUUAUGAGACGCCCUCCCCGUCGUCGCGAUGAGCCUCUCGUUGGUGGCUGGUUGUUGUUCCGUUAUAUGGUCAUCGGUACCUACGUUGGUGCUGCCACCGUCUUUGGAUAUGUGUGGUGGUUCAUGUACAACCCCGAGGGUCCCCAAAUCUCGUACUACCAGCUGUCUCACUUCCACCAGUGCUCUGCUUUGUUCCCCGAGAUUGGCUGCGAGAUGUUCAGCAACGACAUGGGCAAGUCCGCCUCGACGGUCUCCCUGUCUAUCCUGGUUGUGAUCGAGAUGUUCAACGCGAUGAACGCCUUGUCGUCCAGCGAGUCUCUUCUGACUUUCUUCCUGCACAACAACCCGAUGCUGAUCUAUGCCAUCACCUUGUCGAUGGCUCUUCACUUCGCGAUUCUCUACAUUCCCUUCCUGCAGACCCUGUUCGCCAUUCUGCCCCUGAACUGGACUGAGUGGCAGGCUGUCUUGGUGAUCAGCGCCCCCGUUAUUGUGAUCGACGAAGUUCUCAAGUUCUUCGAGCGCCAACUGUAUAACACCAAGGUCACCCCGGCCCCAGCUGCCCAGAACGGCAGCGCUGGCAAGCCCAAGAAGGCGUAA